AUGCGGCGCCGCCCGAUCGAUUCGUGCCACUCGAUCUCCGGCUGCUCGACGGCUGAGACGCCGUCCCAGCCGCAGAAGUACUUCCCGCUGGACCACACAGCACGGAGGAUGCCAGCGACGGUGAGGUUCCCGAACAAUGCGGACCACCUCUCCUCCAUCCGUCUCGUCUGGGUGGCGGGGCUGGUGGUGCGCGCCCUGGAGCUGUGCAAGUUUCUGGAUCGCGCCAGGGAGCUUCAAGAAGCUGUCGACGUUCUUGCUGGCGCGGACCUGCAGACCAUGGCGAACGCCGCGGGCUUGGUGAGCAGCGCCGCCGCCAGGGCGGCUUUGGAGGCAUAUUUGCAAGGGGUGGAUCUUGUAGUGACUUGUCGGAAUCUGGAGGUGGCAGCACGCGAGCUGAGCUUGGCGGUGGCGGCGGCGGCGGCCGACUCACAGGGCAGAGAUGAGAGCAGAUGCAAAUGGAUCCUGUGGCUGAAGAAGGACAGGAGGAAUGCAGAUGUGGUCGACGACGGCCGCCUAGGGCAAGCGCUUCUUCACCAUAAGGCCUGGCCGGUGUCGAACUCGCUCUCCACUGCGUCAAGACCGGAGGAGAACCUGGCAGAGUUCCUGAGCUACGCGCUGUUUGGAUCCUUGACCUUACUGCCCUACUUGGACCCCGCGGGACCGGUGAUGAAGACGCUGUCCAAGACCGGCAAGCUGAUCUUCCAUGUCGCCUUCUCUGUGGUUUGGGCCGCGGUUGGUCUAGCUGUCGCUUGCAGGCAGUGCCGCGGUUCUGCGCUCAUGCUCCGUUUUGCUGAUGUUGCCAGCCACAUUGGCAUGGCUGGCAUUACUGCCCUUGUGAUUUGGUACAGCCACGUCCUGAUAGCACCGGAUGCUCCUGUGACUUCCUACAUCAUCUUGGGCUUCGCUUGCAUUCUGCAGAUCAUUGCUUGGGCCUGGGAUCGCAAAUGGAUCGGAGGCGCAGCGUAGUGUGUAGUCUUGGUUCAUGUCGAUCGACUCGUUAACUGUGGAAUAGGCAACUUAUGGCAGAUAACUGAACAUAUGACCAUUGUUAAAACAGUUUUCAG